AUGUGCUACAAGGAGACGCCCUACCACGCGCGCUGCGGCUGCUACGGCAGCUCGCGGUUCGUCGGUGAGCCCUGCAUCCGCGCGACGACCACCAAGAGUUGGUCUGCCGGGUGCUGGGACACUGUGGAUAUGGGCAUCGCCACGCUGCUGGACAGUAUGUGUGGCAAGUGCGAGGCGCAGAUCCGAAUGGCUCCGUUCAUCUCCAUCUCCACCGCGGGAUCAGAGGCCUCGGAGUCGUCGUCCGGGUCGUCGACACCGUCUUCUUACAGCGGGUCUGUGACUAGCAGUGUCGGGGGUUGUUCCACCGCAAGCUCUGCGAGCAGUGUUUCCGCCAGCGGGAUCUCUACUUGUAGCAGCACGGUGAGUAACAGCCCUUACUUCGACGCGGCGAUCAACGGAACUUUGCGCAUGGGAGUGAAGCAGAGUUUGAGUCCGGGGCAGGUUCAUCAUUCGUUCGAGAGGAGUAUGUGGACGACUAGCUUGACGGCUUGCGUUGCGAUGGAUGGGCCACGGGUGCUGAGAUCGUCCUCCGAAUAG